AAUAACAUUUUCUUUACGAUUUUAAUGUUUAUUCGGGAUAGUUUAAGAACAUUUAAGAAGUGUAAUAAAAUAUAAUAAAGAAAGAAUUAAAAUAAAGAAACUAGCUGGUUAGCGUUAACUUGGCUAAUUACGUAGCUAGUUUAGCUAGUAGUCGCAAACAUGUGGAUUGUUGUUAAUAGUUAAACAGAAUUUCAACUCCGUUAGAGAGCACUAGAUCAUGACAUCUACCAAAAUGGAUAUCAGCUUGGCCGGCCAUAAAGAAAAACACAGAACCGACAGCAAUAAGACGAAAUCUAAAUCGCUCCAGUACAACAGACCAAGCAGUGAGAGCGCAGAUGUGUGGGAUUCCCUGGAGUCAGACACUGAGAGUUUACUACAGGAAAAAGCCUAUCAGAGGGAGCUUCAGAAGAAAGUACUGCACGGAACCAGUGACAGAAACACGUCUUAUGAUGCCAAGGAGAAAAUGGGCACUAAGAGUUUCGAGUUCGAAGAAUGCAGCGAUCCACACAAUACUGACCCACAACCUGGUGGCAUCAUGAAACAUGGAGCUGCAGACAGAAGCAGGUAUCUGCCCAGGCAAAGGCCUAACGAUAAAUAUGACGACCAGCUCCACAACCCAGAACAUAGAGAAAAGCUGGAAGAUGCUGAGAUUCUGCGCUCAGAUAUUUCCUUUGACUCCAGUGAUGAACUGGAAGACAGUCUUAACCACACAGAAGACUCACACAAAUACGUUCUGGUCAACCAUUCUUCUACAGCAGAGAUGGAUGCUCUUCAGCCAAGGCAACCAUUGAUGUCCUUUCAUUUACAUUCACAACAGGACCAAAACACGUUGCCACAGGUGUUACAAAGUUCAUAUAUGGCCCCAGAGAGCCGCCCACUUUCAAAUUCAGACAAGGCUGUAAAGGUAAAUUUGCUAACUUCUCAGAAGAGCCGUUCUCGAAAAUUUCAAGCAUCAAGGCCAACAGAGGAUAUAGUGGAGCGCAAUAUAACAACCUUAGGAAUGAACCGACGUAAACAGGGGUCUUAUCUGAAGGCAUUCGAGCAAAGAGGACGGAAGGCCGAUGAUGCAAAUCAGUCUGCUGAGGACACGGCAAGCACUGACAACCUAGGAAGCCCAGAUAACUCCCAAGACCCAGAGCCGAUAUGGAUACAAAAAACUCCAAAACUGAAGUUUCACCAAAUCGACAACCAGAAGAACCCAUCAGCCAUCAGAUCCAGGUCUGGAGAUCACCUGAAUCAGGCUGUGGAAAAAUGGGUUUUAAUGGACGAUCAGCAAUCAUGGACAUCAUCUGAUUCUGGCAGCAUCUCCAAUCGGUCUUUAGCUCCAACCAUUAACCCUAACAUCAACCUCAACACCCUGAGCAAACCUGCUAAACCAUUUCUCAAGGGGUAUAACUCUCCUCUCAUAGGGUCUAGUUACCCCAGAAGCCUUCAUCACUCUGUAGAUGAUGCUGUGGCCCUCAGUGCAUCGGAGAGCACAUGGGAGACAAAUAAAAGCAGUGUCAGAGUUGCUCAAAAAUGGCCAUCAGUUGAAGCAAACUCAACAUUAAAUGUUCCUGGCAUUCAUCUAGAGAAUGAAGAUGGAGAUGCACUCCAAACAUAUGGUGGUACCUAUCCAGUGCUGCCCCCUAUAGGCAUGCCCGAAGCCAGCGACACUGGGCUAUCGAGUGACAGAACUGAACUUGGCAUGAAUGCUAUUCGUAGGACCAGCUCUGACGGCUACCUGGCCCAGUUACAGAAGCAAACUCAGCUUAAGACAACUUACAAGGCAUAUUUGCUGAAAGACUACAAGAGUCUAACUAAGGAAGUAAAGCUGGGAGGUCUCGGUCCAUCCCACACUGUGGCAGAGGACAUGGCUGAGAAAAUUAGACGACAGAAGCUGUAUUCAAAUGUGAUCCGCGACCAGAACAAGAAGAUAAGAAGGAUUCCCUUUCUGCCAGCCAGGAGCCCAGUGGGCAGUGAGAAGGACACAGUUCCCAGGAACAAGGCUUUGGAGUAUGCCAAAACAAUUGUACGGCCUAAAGCAACUCAACAGGUAAAGAAGAAGCCCAAUGAGACAAGUGAGAAUAAAAAUGAGUUUGAGCAAUCUAUGUAUCUUCAGUUAGGAAUGGAUGUCUCCCACCUGGCUACUGUAGAGAUGCUAAGAAAACGACAUGAACAGGAGAAACAGUUGGUGGCACGCUUUGCUAGGCUCAGCGCUGGGCUGUCUGCACCCUCUGUUAACAUCCACUGAACAGGUAGACACGUGUUGUAUUGUGGAACGCAAUGUUAACCUGUAGCUUGGUUAGUUAAAGCUUCAGACGUUUUAUUUAAUCGAAAGAUUAAACAAUUUUCAAAACAAGAACAAGGUGUUUAAUGGAAUUGGGCUUUUUGUAGGUCUGUAUAGUUACUCAACACCAAACUCAUCAAACCUAAUCUUUAUUGAACUUGCUUUGUGCACGGGGCAUUGAUGUGGCUGAACCACAUGAACUCAAUAAUUAGAAGCAUCAUCCACAUUACUUCAGCCAUUUAGUGUAUAACAUCUUACGUUAGAUGCUAGGAUGAUGCAGCAAUAAAUUAUGCUGGCCCCCAGUGGUGCUAUUGGCUGGUUGGGCAUUUGUCUGGGGUGUGAUACUGCACUGCACCCAGGGAUUAUGGAACAAACAGACUGACCGGGACCCUAACCGAUGAAGCUGUGGUAAAAACAUAAGAAUUAAAUGAAAUCAGAACAUUUGACAUAUACAUCUUAAUAUGGUCCUUGGUGUGAAUUAGUAAAAUACAGAAGGACUGUAUAUGUGGUUGAACCUGCCAGUGUUCCCAGAAUGGGCUACACUCCCACCCAAACCCUGAUCAGAAUAAAGUUCAAGCUAAUUCAUUCUACUACUAUAAUAAAUAGUAAUACUACUGUAAUAAAUAAAUUAAUAAUAUUUAUUUUUUCUGAAUUAAAAGUGUAAUGUGGCUGUUUGCUUUGUAAGUGAUGUGUUUGUACAACCUCUGCAAAUAUUAGCUACAUAUUGUAAUGCAUGUUGUGUGUAUUGUAAAAAUGUCACUGUAUAUUCUCCACUUGUGUGCAGUGGUAACGAGUGACUAUAAGUGACUUUGUGAUGCUUAAUAUUUAAAUGGUUUAAAACAUUGUUCAUGGAACAGAUUAGGACAUAUAUUUGAAAUUAAAUAAAUAAUGUAUUUUUAUGAUAAAAUAACAAAAUACCCCUACAGCAAUAAAG